AUGCAUAUGAAACAUUUCCCUACGAAUAGUCUACUAUUACUAGGUCCUUUAUUUGUACUUGCCACGGAUUUUGCAUUGACCCGAUUUUCACUGACUGGAAGUGCAAAAAAAUUAGCACGCAAAACUACUAGCUCAACACCAUCAACAAGUUACCUCCCAUCGUAUAAUCCCAGGACUUAUAGAUCAAACUGGAUCCAAGAAUGGGAAGAGUCAAAGGGCAAAUGA